AACUGGAGGUGAUUUUAGUUAAACAAAUAAUUUACUAACUUUAUUUCUGGAGAAUCGAAACGAAUUUAUGUAUUGUACUAAAAGUAAUGUCAUUCGGAUUGUGGCCAAACGUUGACGUUUUGCUUUUUUAGAACAACUGGAAAGCAUGGUAUGUGCCGCAUUGUUUUCAUCGUGUUAAGUGGUUUUGUGAAAACAUUUUGUUACAAUUCUUAAGUAUUUUUACGAGCGUACAAGAUGGUGAAAAAACGUUAUUUCACUGAGAGUAAAGCACCGAAGACCCCAAAAAAACCUGAAGAGAUCCACAAGGAAGCUGCCCUUCCCGAACCGAACACAAAACGGGAAGUGAAAUCGGAACCGGGCGAUAAAGCAGCACCUGGCCGAAUAUUUCAGAAAAAGAAGCGCAAUAAUGCUUUCGGACGAAAUGAAUCGCUCAGACCGAAGAAGAAUGAAAAGGCGCUCGCCAUUCCGAUCGAUCCUGCCGCGCUGAUGCGCCAUUCGCGGGGCGAAACCAUGAAUUUGGGCGGCGUGAAAUCCCGAUUCCACAAGAUCAAUGAAAAGCGCAAGGAUAUUAAUAUUGAGUUUGCCGUACAGCAGGCAGCUCGGGCAGAAGUGUUGCUGCACGAGGAGGAGGGUUAUCUCGAGGCGGACGAAGGCGAUAGCACCACCAACAUCACGCAGCGAGAAAUAGUGGACAAUGUGGACAUAACGACAGCAACGAAACACUUCAACAUAUCGCUUGACUUUGGCCCGUACCGUACGCGGUACACGAAAAACGGUAGAUAUUUGCUGCUGGGUGGAAAGCGUGGCCACGUCGCUGCAUUCGAUUGGGUGCGCAAGAAGCUGCUGUGCGAGAUGAAUGUGAUGGAAUCGGUGCACGACGUUACGUGGCUGAUGAACCAAACUAUGUACGCCGUGGCGCAGAAGAACUGGGUACACGUGUACGAUCAUAAAGGGACGGAAAUCCACUGCAUCAAGACGAUGCACAGGAGCGUACGUUUGGAGUAUCUGCCGUAUCACUUUUUGCUGAACAGUGCCGGUGAGAAUGGGUUUCUAUCGUGGAUGGACGUAUCGAUUGGCGAAUCGGUUGGCAACUACAACACCAGAAUGGGGAAGAUUUUGGCAAUGGCCCAAAACCCUUGGAACGCGGUAACGUGCAUCGGCGGCUCGAAGGGUGUUGUAUCGAUGUGGUCACCGAUGGUUCGGGAUCCGCUGGCCAAAAUGCUUUGCCAUCCGGUACCGUUGACGGGAAUCUCGAUCGAUCCGAGUGGAAUGCACAUGGCAACGGCCGGGUUGGAUCGCAAAGUAAAAAUAUGGGACAUACGGCAGCUAGAAGGUCCGCUCGAAACGUAUCACAUCAAUACGGCGGCCUCCGAGCUGGAGUUGUCGCAGCGCGGGCUGUUGGCUCUGUCGAUGGGCAACGUGUGUGAGGUUUAUCGGCGGGAUAACAGUUCCAGCGAAGACCAAAUGAAGCCAUACAUCAGACACCGCACGAAUGGACCGAUAUCUAGCAUCAGAUUCUGUCCGUAUGAAGAUAUCCUCGGGGUUGGAACUGCCAAAGGCUUUGUAUCGUUGAUUGUUCCUGGUUCGGGCGAGCCCAACUUUGACACAUUCGAGGCCAAUCCUUACCAGUCGCGUUCGCAGCGGCAAGAGGAGGAGGUGCACAAAUUGCUGGAGAAGAUUCCUGCCGAAUUUAUUUCACUUAAUCCGACGCAAAUCGACGAGGUGGAUGUACCGUCCGCUAAAGCCCGACUAGAGCAGAAGGUGAAACUAUUAACCCUAAAACCGCCAAGGAUAGACUUUGAGCCGCGCAAGCGCAAUGGCGUAUCGAAAGCCAAGCUUGUUCAGAUCAAACGAAACGUGAAGGAGUUCCGGUUCCGUGAGGCAGCCAAUGAGCUGCGCGAGAUAAAGGAUAAGCUGUUGGCGGAAGAGGAAAAGCCAGCGGAAUCGCUCGAUUUCAUACCAUUGGAGACGAAAAGCGUUCUGGAUCGUUUCAGUACAAAGAAAAAGAAGAAAGCUGCACAUUGACCACGCUCUACUGUUGUAUAUUAUAAAUGAAAAUAAAGCUAUCAGAUCACUUGUAAA